CUCGCAUCAGGAAAGUCACCACUUGGUUUCUUGAAUCCUUGGUUAUACAGCAAUGCUACUUCUGGAUUGACUGAUAUCAAAAGCGGGAAGAAUACUGGAUGCAGUGGAGUGAUCAGUGGGGCUGGCUUCUCAGCGGUUUCUGGCUGGGAUCCUGCAACAGGCCUUGGAACUCCAAUUUUCAGUUCUUUGCUCACGAUAUCAAAGGCUACAUAAUGACGGGUCCGCUUUCAGAUGUAGAUCUUCAUAUGAACAAAGAAUGAAAUCAAUUUGACCAUCCACCCUUUUCAUCGCCGUUUUCGUAAUUCAUGGUUCAUUAUCUUCACAAGGCUUUGUUUGGAAUAAAUACCAUCAGUGAAUUUUGUUCCUUGCAAGCUUUCCGAAGCAACCCACAUCUCCAAGUCGAAAUGACCUCCACAAAUGGGACUGGCAUUGUCCACCCACUAGCCACUUUGACUGCUGCUGCUCGGGCCACCGUCGAAAGGCAAAUACUCGAUCCCAUACCCGCUUCAGUAGAAAAAUACUGGAACACAUGUCGAGAUGAGCUUUCGGUUACUUGGGACAGGAAAAAUCUGGCAGAUCCUGUUCAACAAUACACGUAUACACAAUUAUAUGAUCUUGAUAGAACUAAGAAAUUCGAUCCUAGUAAGAUCGUAGACGUCGACUUGAACCAAAUUGCUGUUCGAAAACCCGAGUACGCAUUUAACUGGAACGACUUUGGAACAAUCAUCAAUUCCCGGACAAGGCCAGAUACCAUAGCCACACAAUCAGAUGGUGAUAAAGAAGCCAUGCGCAAUACAAUCUCGAUACCCCUUACAGAGGCGUAUAUAAGAUUGGUUUGCGACUAUGCAAACGGAGUGAGGGAUAAAGCCGAGCGGGCUGUAGGAAGCACUGCUCCACCCAGAAUAAGUUGCCACUGCAUGCUACAAUCCUCUUGGCAACCUCUCAGAGAUGCGGCCUUGGCUCGCGACCCUUAUGCAACCAUCGCCCAGCAGAUCUUGACCCAACAAGGCAUAACCCAACAGACCUUCGCGGAAAUGGAUUUCCUGUUCCUUCCACAUCUGAGACCCGAUCUUGAUGAUGCUGGUGGGGAACAUUAUACUCUUCUUGGAUUUGCACCUAGGCAGAAAUACGCAUUCUGGAUUAACUCGGCUGAGCCAAAGACGCCUUCAGAUGACCCUGACGUUGACCUGCCGAUUCAGGAGUAUGAAGCAUAUAUGAGGGAUUCUCUGUUAGCAAUUCUCUUUUGCCUCGUUCCUGACCACGACGAACGCGAAUCAUGGGAAGUGAAUCUAGACUACUGCGGAAAUGAAGAUAAAACUUUGAGGAAAGCCGUUCGACAAAGAGACACCUACAAUUGUGGGGCAUACGUCUGCACAAAUGCACUCCUCCUCGCAUUUGGAUACAACCUCACAUCUUUCGAUGCAAGAGACAUUGAUCAAUUUAGAAAGCCAAGGAUGUUUGCAGAACUCCUAAAUGGAGGGUUUAGUGGCUUAUACCAAUACGAUCUUAUUGAAUUUCCGGCACCAAGGACAGAUACGGACCCAAGUCCUAGCUACGAUGAGGCUAUUGAAGCUCGGGAAGAUUGGGAGACGGGCUUGUGAGAGGCUCUCUGUUACUGGUACUAAGGAUACUGUCUUCCGCAAAGGAUCUCGGAU